GAAGGGCUACUCCAUUAAGGCCACUCAUUCUCACCGUGAAAGACGGUUGAAAAAUUAUCUAAAUAUUAUUUUCAAGUCUCCUACGAAAAAAAGGAAUAUAGGAGAUAUUUGUCUAUGUCAAGUGUGAACUGGAGAAAACAAAAUAAGAAGAAAGUGGUUGACUAGUCAGCAAUGGCUACUUCAAGUCUGUAGUAAAAGGCUACUCAUUCUCUGUUUUGCUGAUGAGAAGAAAGAAAAUGCUACUUAUUCUCAACUCUCAAGUGAAAUACAGAGUGGAGAAAAAUCAUCUUUAUAUUAUUUAAUUUAUUUCUCUCGUUUGCGAUCAUCCCUAUUUAAACCAUCUUUAUCGCCUUCAAUUGUAAACUCCUCUUGUAAGCCCUCGAAGUGUACAAUCCUUCUCAAGAAAAUAUUCAAGUUUAAUUUUCAAGUUCCUACAUCUAUCUUCAAGUUGAAUAUCAGAUGGUGUAAAUCUUGGGUACCAAUUUCGAUUAGUGGACUCAGGACUGUAGGUCUCCUAGGACCGGCAAGCAACAAGUCAAAGCAUGGCAUUCUCUUUCUCUUUGGGUGUGAUAUAAUUGGAAGAAAGGGAGCAUAAAAACUUGGUGACUAAAGCUAGAAGGGAGUUUAGACUGUGAAGUUAAAAAUGGAUCAGGCUGUAGUGAAACUCUUGACUUACAAUAUCAUUUCAAUUCUUUCAACUGAAGCAUCGUUAUUAUGGGGGGCUCGUGAUGCAAUUGCAGAUAUCAAAGAUGAGUUGAUAAGUAUGCAAUCAUUCUUAGUAGAUGCUGAUAGAAAGGAAGUAGGGAGUGAAGGAGAGAAGACUUGGGUGGCAAAUGUGAGAGACAUGGCGUAUAACGUUGAAGACAUUAUUGACUACUUCAUGUAUCACAUAAAUCGCCAACGAAUUGGGGGUCGAUCUUCCUGGAUCCUUCACCACACCGUUUACUUUCCAAAAAAUAUUUGGGUGAGGCGUCAAACAGCCACCAAGAUACAAAAAGUUAAUGGGAAAAUCAAGGGUGCCAUACCAGAGAGGAAGCAAAGAUAUGGUAUUGAUCAUAUAGAGGGAACUAGCUCUAAAGAUAAUCAAAAACGGGUGGGGCAACAUACUGAAUCAUCUUUUUUUUUAAAAGAAGAUGAACUUGUAGCGAUUGAAAAUAAAAGGCAAUUGUUAAUGGGUUGGUUGAUGGAUGGAGAACUACACCAAACUGUCAUUUCGAUAAUUGGAAUGGGUGGUUCUGGCAAGACCACACUAACUGCCAACACCUACAACAAUGAUGAUGUAAAGAAACAUUUCAACUGUUGUGCAUGGAUCACAAUUUCCCAAGUACAUGUCAUAGAAGACGUAUUGAGGAGCAUGAUUAAGAGCUUUUACAAGUCAAUGAAGGAAAUGGAUCCUACAAACUUGAGUUCCAUGAAUCAAAUGGAGUUAGUAGAAACACUGGUGGACUAUUUAAAAGAGAAAAGGUAUCUACUUGUCUUGGAUGACGUGUGGGACACAAAUAUCUUGGAUAAAAUAAAGGUAGCACUUCAAGAUAGUUGUUGUGGGAGCAGACUCAUCCUUACAACACGAAAAGAAGAUGUAGCCUGCCAUCCUUUGGGAGGUAAACAUCAUAUUCAUCAUAUUCAAUUGUUGCAAAACGAAGAGGCCUGGGAACUCUUUUGCAAGAAAGCAUUCAUAAAUUGUCCCAAUGGAAGUUGUCCAUUGGAGCUUAAAUCUUUUGCUAAAGAACUUGUGAGAAAAUGCGAAGGCCUACCACUUGCAAUUGCAGCUUUGGGCAGUCUUAUGUACUUCAAGAAUAUGUCACAGUGGAAUGAAAUUAAGAGCAACGUGAAUUGGAGUCCAACUAGCAAUCCUAAGCUAGAAGGAGUGAAGAGCAUUUUGAUGCUUAGUUUCAACGAUUUACCAUAUCAGUUGAAGCAUUGUUUCUUAUUUUGCUCUCUUUUCCCAGAAGAUCAUGAGAUUCGAAGAAAAAGGCUCAUUAAGCUAUGGAUGGCAGAAGGAUUUGUAGAACAAGUAAAAGGGUCCACUCUAGAAGAAGUAGCAGAUAGCUAUCUUGUAGAACUCACUUUCCGGAACAUGCUUCAAGUUGUAGAGAGAAAUGAAUUUGGAAGGCCAAGGAGAUGUAAAAUGCAUGAUCUUCUGCGGGAGUUUGCUCUAUCAAUAUCAGUCAAAGAAAAGUUUGGUGUUGUACAUGAUGGAGGAGAAGAAAUGAAAGAAUGCAAAGCGCGCCGCAUUUCAAUUCACAAAACCAAUGGAGAACUCAAAUCACUUAUGGGUAUGUCAAAGCUCCGUUCUUUUCUUAUUUUUAACAAGUCGUUGAAAACAUUGCCUUCUGGAAGUAAAAUGUUAAGGGUUUUAGAUUUGGAGGAUGCCCCCAUUGAUGAAUUGCCUAACGAAGUAUUCAAAUUAUUCAACUUAAGAUAUUUGAAUUUAAGGGGAACUUUACUUAAGAAGCUUCCAAAUUCCAUAGGGAGGCUCUUUUAUCUUCAAACCUUGGACCUAAGGGACACACAAAUAGAAGCCCUUCCUCAUGGAAUAGGAAAGUUGCAAAACUUGCGGUAUUUAAUAAUGUGUCGCUAUUCUGGAAACUCGGAUAACUUCAAAUUUUUUACAGGGAUGCAAGUACCAUCAAAUAUCACUCAGUUAAAGAAUUUGCAAACUAUGGGUACUAUUGAAGCAGAUGAUGACUUGAUAAGACAAAUUCGAAGCAUGACCCAAUUGACCACAUUCGGUAUUUCAAAAGUGAAAGCAGCAAAUGAGACAGAUUUAUGUAUCUCAAUUCAAAACAUGACAUGUCUUAGGAACUUGGGUAUCAUGGUAACUAAUGAGGAGGAAACUCUCAGAAUGGAUGCACUCUCAUCUCCUCCUCCCAACCUUCGAAAGCUUAUUUUGAAUGGAAAACUAGAGAAGGUACCACAGUGGUUUCGUUCACUUCAAAGCCUCACAAAGUUGCAAUUGCAUUGGUCAAGACUAGAAGAAGAUCCACUCCCACACAUUGCUGCUUUGCCCCAUCUGGGACGUCUUACACUUUCUAAUGCCUACGUUGGAAAACAGCUAUGUUUCAGUACAAGCUUUCUUAAGCUUACAGAGUUGGGGAUUCGUAAUUUCCCUCAAUUGAGAGAGAUAAUAAUAGAAAAGGAGGUGAUGCCAAAUCUGAAAUUCCUAGAUAUUGUCAACUGCAUGGAGUUAAAGACAGUGCCCAAAGGCAUUGAAUACCUUCAAAAUCUCCAUCUACUGUGUUUGAAUUCUGUCUCAAUGGAACUUCAAAAUUGCAUUCGCAGCGUGGAUUUUCCAAAGGUGCAGCACAUCCCAAAGAUCUACAUCUGGUAGUAAUUCAAAAUGUUUCACGAAGUGUUGUAGUGCAUCCCAAAGAUCUACAUUUGGUAGAAAUUCGAGAAUGUUUCAUGAAGGCAGCUUAUCAUCUAACACCCCCCCCCCCCCCAAAAAAAGCUUUGCUUCAUCUAAGUUAUCUCACUAACAAAUUUAUGUAUACUCGACUUAUAUUAUUUAUCCACUUUGUAAUAGCUUAAGUUUUUGAAAUUAAUGGUUUCUGACAUGAUAAAUAAGUUACCAUGUUCAUGCCUAACAAUGCUUGCUAUUGCUUGUUUGCAUGGAGUUUGAUUUAGUUACCAACUUGGCAUAAAUUGAUAAACACAUCAAAUUCUUUGAAAUAGAAUGAAUUAGCUUCUGGAUCCUGUGUCAAAAUACUGUUUUUAAUAUGUAUUUUGGUGUGUGUGAAUG